AUGGGAAGGGGAAGAGUGGAGUUGAAGAGAAUUGAGAACAAGAUCAACAGGCAAGUGACCUUUGCAAAACGAAGGAACGGGCUUUUGAAGAAAGCUUAUGAGCUUUCCGUUCUUUGUGAUGCCGAGCUUGCUCUCAUCAUCUUCUCCACUAGAGGAAAGUUGUACGAGUUUUGCAGCACUUCAAGCAUCUUGAGUGUUUCUGCGGCUGUGUCGAUGUUAGAUCUGCAACUGGAAACGCAAAUCACUGUUGUAUUAACUAUUCUCUGUUUUCUAGCAGAUCUGGUUCAAAAGCUUUCCCCAAAGGCAAUUUCGGGUUUUGCUCAGGCUUCUGUUUCUGUGCAAGUGUUGAGAAAAGAAGCACAUCAUGAAUUAAUUGUUUCUUCUGUGGCAAAGAGGUACCAGAAAUGCAACUAUGGAGCGCCUGAGGCCAAUGCAUCAACAAAGGAAGCCUUGGUAUUGGAGUUAAGCAGUCAACAAGAAUAUUUGAAGCUGAAAGCAAGGUAUGAAGCUCUACAACGUUUUCAAAGGAACCUUAUGGGAGAAGAUCUUGGCCCUCUAAGCAGCAAUGAACUUGAAUCACUUGAAAGGCAGCUAGAUUCCUCUUUGAAGCAAAUCAGAUCAACACGGACCCAAUUCAUGCUGGAUCAACUUUCUGAUAGUCAGCGCAAGUUGGAAGAGUAUCAAAUAAAUCAAUUUCAACUGAAUCCCAAUGGUGAAGAUAUGGGGUAUGACCGUCAUCCAGGUCAAAACCAAGGCGAUGCUCUCUUUCAACCAUUGGAGUGUGAGCCAACACACCGUCAUGAGAGGAAGAAGAGGAGGACACGAAGACGAACAAUCACGCGCUUUGUACGAGCUCUCCGCUCUCGUUCUCAACCUCAUCCGAUCGCCUCCCGCGCCUUUGCCCUUUUCCGACGACAUUCCGCCGCCGCCGGCGUCUCGACGCUCGGCGCCGCCUCAGAUAUCGCCGGCGGGGUUCGCGUCGCUGCUGCUGGGAAUCUCGCUGGCCCUGAUGCUGUGUGGAUCGGUGACGUUCUUCAUCGGGUUCGUGUUGAUGCCGUGGGUUCUGGGAUUGGUGAUGCUCUUCUUCGUCGCCGGAGUCCUCUCCAGCCUCUCCGUCUUCGGCCGCUCCAUUCUCUGCUACGCCACCGCGCCAUCCUCGCCGCGUAA